CUUUAAUCGCGCCUCACUUUUUAGCGUGUCAGUUCACUGCAUGUCUUCAUUCGAUUAUAGACCGUAACACAAUUCCUCUCUCUCUCUCUCUCUCUUCCUAAAACAGGGAAGCUCUUGUCGUUGCUCACCACCUCCCCGCCGCUAUGUCUCAGGUUGAUAACAGAAAUUCCUCGGCUGCCAAGCGGGCUAGAACUGAUGGUAGUCGUAGGGAGGACGAUUGGACCUGCCCAAGCUGUGGCAAUGUCAACUUUUCAUUUAGGAUGACUUGCAAUAUGCGUAAUUGUACCCAACCCCGACCAGCUGAUCAUAGCUCGAAAUCUGCUGCAAAGCCUAUGCAAGCUCCACAGAAUUACUCAUCUUCAGCUCCUUAUGUUGGCUCUGGUGCACCCUCUUCAAUGUAUCUGGGCAUGCCCCCUUAUGGUUCUUCCCUUUUCAAUGGUUCAUCUAUUCCUCCUUAUGAUGUUCCAUUUUCUGGGGGCUCAGCUUAUCAUUACAACUAUGGCAGUCGCCUUUCUGCUGGAAGUCCUUAUAGACCACUGCAUAUGUCUGGACCAGCUCCUUAUUCUGGUGGAUCAAUGAUGGGAAAUGGUGGAAUGUACGGUAUGCCACCACCAUUGAUGGACCGAUAUGGCUUGGGUCUGCCAAUGGGCCCUGCUGCAAUGGGGCCAAGACCAGGGUUUUUUCCAGAUGAUAAAUCUCAGAAAAAAGGUGCAGAUGCUACACGUGAUAAUGAUUGGACUUGCCCAAAAUGUGGAAAUAUAAAUUUUUCAUUUAGGACAGUUUGUAACAUGAGGAAAUGCAAUACGCCAAAGCCUGGUUCCCAGACUGCAAAAUCUGAUAAAAAUUCAAAGCAAAAGAUGCCCGAGGGCAGCUGGAAGUGUGAGAAAUGUAACAACAUAAACUAUCCAUUUAGGACAAAGUGCAAUAGACAGAAUUGUGGGGCUGACAAACCAGCUGAAUCAAAGAAAUCCCUUUCACCGACGCCCGAAGAAAAUGAUCAGUGAGUACUAGGACAUGUUUGAGGGUUGAGAAGGUCCAGGGUUGUCAUCCAGAAUUGCUCAAUAUGGGUGUCUGAAAGUCAGUUGUGUCGUCCUCAUGUUGCAGCGGUUGUCAAGUUACUCUACCUUCUCAUCAUUCGUGUCAAGUUGUUGUAUUAAAUGCGGUGGCAUUUGUGGUCUUUAUGGAUCCUUUGAUACGUAUGUGUCAGCUAGCUUGGUCUGGCAAAGAUUUUACAGGUUGGUUCUGGUUCCUAUUAGUUAGGCUUUGUACUUUUUGGAAAUCAACUCAUCUGUUCUAGUGCUACCCCUAAAUUUUAGAUAUGUUACCAGCUGCUAAAAGAUUCUGGUUUGCA